AUGGAGUAUAUGGGCCACACAAAAACUGCUACCUACGCAUCUGCUCCACGCCAGCUGACUCAGUUACCAUCCAUCAUGCAGUCAUCUUACAAACCAUUUGAUACCUAUCCAGCACCUUCUCCACUUAGAAGAUCCCUCACCAACUUACCAUGGAGGCCCAGCACCUACUACCAAACAGCACAGAACAACCCCGGGACAGCAAUCACCAGAAGUAUGAACGAGCCGUUCUCCACUGGAAACCAACUUUCCCAACUAGAUAGCCUCAAAGCUCCACCCGUGUUCGCUGCUUCCAGAAAUGCCCUUUACACCCGAUAUACCCCAAACGAUUGGUCCAGUUCUAACCAAACCAAUUAUAUGUCAUCUGAUAGAGUCCGAAGUGGUGCCGAACGCGUCCGUUUUGACACCGUUCGUCUAUGCCGAGAAACUGAGGACAAGACCAGAAGAACCCAAACCGAUGUUGGUAAGAGUCUUGGUGAUAGAAUUGGUGAUAUUUCUUUCUGGAAGACAGAACUUAAUCACGAAACAGACAACAUAAUUGCUGAAACCAAUGUCUUGAACGAAGCCAAGAGAGUUAUGGAGAAAGCUCUAGCGGAAACCGAAAACCCAUUACAAGUUGCCCAAGAGUGCCUUUACCACCGGGAAAAGAGACAAGCCAUUGAUCUAGUCCAUGAUAACCCAGAGAAGGAACUGAUUAAGGAAGUCGAAAUUAUCAAGAGAUGCCAAAAUAAAAUGCGAGACGUCAUUGGUCAGGCUAAUGUACAAAUAGGAUUAAACCGAGCAGCCCAACACGAAUUAGAGAAGGAUUCUGGUGACAAGUUCGCUGCCCAGAGUUUAGAUGAAACUUGUCAUGGUAUGAGAAAUGCUUCUCGUGGUUUAGCUUUCCAUAAUGGUGUACACAGAAUUGAUAACACUGUUUCAGUUCCAGAGUCCUGGGCCAAGUUCACCAACGACAAUAUUCAGAGAUCGCAAAGUGAAAGAGCUGCCUCUAAGCACAUAAGAAAUCUGAUUGAAAGUGUUCUUAACACAUGUGUCAGUGACAUGUGGCAAGAAUGGAAUGCCGUCAAUGUUGCUUUAAAUAAUAGAAUGCAAGACACGGCUGAUGCCAGAAACAAGCUCCAAAACCAUUUAUCAAAGGUUCUACAAGAAAUCUUUGAUAUGGAGAAGAAUAUCGAAAUCCUCAAGAAGGCUAUCCAAGAUAAAGUAUCUCCGAUGCAAGUUGCUCAGUCUCGCCUGGAUACAAGAAUCCGUCGACCUAAUGUUGAAUUGUGCAGAGAUCCCGUACAACACAGAUUGGUAUCUGAGGUAUCUGAAAUCAGUGAAACUGUUGAUUACCUACAGGCUCAACUCAGACAAUCUGAGAACACACUACAAGAACUUCUUCGUACCAAAUCAACUCUGGAACAAGAUCUGUCCGUCAAGAACAACAGUUUGUUCAUCGAACGUGAGAAGUGUCUGGGUAUGCGUAAGACCUUCCCCAUGGCCACCCGUGUAUUAUUCUAAACGAUUCAAACCGAGCUAUGAUGUUUAUCCUUAUCCAUUCUGGGUUUUAGAUAUUUAUUUCGAUUUUUCUUUUCGUUGAGCACUUUCUGUGAUC